AUGUUGUUCAAAGGUAAGAUCACGGCCAUAGUUGGUUGUGGGCCUACUCCGCAAUUCACAUUUAACAAAGUUUUCAUUUGGGACGAUUAUCGAUCUCAGUGCAUUGCUGAGUUCUGUUUUCGAUCAAAAGUCAAGUCGGUUCGCCUUUGGAAGGACCAGAUUGUUGUGAUCUUGUUAAACAAAAUAUAUGUGUACAAUUUCGAGGACUUAGAAUUGUUGCAUCAGAUAGAUACUAUGUCGAACCCGAAGGGGUUGUGCGAGGUAUCGCGGGAGUCAGAGAAGGUUUUGGCCUGCUUGGGACUCCACCAGGGAGAAGUUCGGGUGGAACAUUGCACCUUCAAACGGACCAAUACGAUAACCGCACAUGAUUCGCAGAUUGAGUGUAUUGCACUAACACACGACGGGAGGUUUUUGGCGACAGCGAGUACUAAGGGGACGCUGGUGAGGGUGUUUAAUACCUGGGACGAAUCGUUACUUCAUGAGUUGCGAAGGGGUUCUGGAAGAGCAGAGAUUUACAGCAUUUCCUUCUCUUUGGAUGCUCAAUGGCUAGCUGUUUCAAGUGAUAAGGCUACUGUCCAUGUUUUCAAACUAAAUGUCGAUUCACGGGCAGCAUCAGCAUCAGCAUCAGCAGCAGCAGCAGCAGGACCAAACAUUUUUUCUCCAACUCCUGCUUCAUUUCUCUCCCAAAUUACAGGUAUUCCCAAGUAUUUAAAAUCUCAAUGGUCUGUGACUCGGUUUCGACUGCCUCAAGAAGGUAUUCGAAAUAUUGUUACUUUUGGCCAGCAGCAAAAGAACACGGUGAUCAUUAUUGGCGUGGAUGGAAGCUACUUCAGAUGCCAGUUUGAUCCAGAGGCUCGUGGGGAGAUGAUCGAGGUGCAACACCUCAAUUUCCUUCAACCCGAGCAAAACUUUUGA